UGGGAGGGGGGGGGGGCGGUGGAGGAGCUUGAACUUUUUUUUAUACUUUUAAAGUCUAUUUUUGCGUGAUGUAUAUAAGGAGAUAUUAAACAUGACUAUUUGUCUCUGUUCAUGGCCUUUGGUAUAAAGGAUAUUAAAUGAAGACACGGAAGCAAAGUGAGCUGAAAAUUUAAUGCUUGGAAAGAAAUAUCUAUUCCUCUGAAUAAUAUUAUGCUACGUGAGCAGAUCUUUUUAUUUGCUACUAGAUUAUUACCAAAUGUAAUUAUUAUGUAAUCAUGAUUUGCGAGCGCAGCGAGGAAAUUUUCAAAUCUUUCAAUUUCAGGAAAUAUCGUCAUGUCAUAUGCUAUUACAUUUUGCCUUAUUUCUUAUAAGGAGUAUGCUCAAGCGAAACAAAAUGCAUAUGAAUAGCGCAACCCGUGGUUGUAAUAGAAUAAUUAGUAUCAAUGAUGUGCAAGCGGAGUAAGCCAUCCCUACCCCACAAUCUUGUAGUGAUUAGAAGCACAUUACCAAAAGCUCCUAACAUUUUCUUGAAAAUGAAGGCUUACACCGAAGAUGUAGUAACAUAAUGUACGUAGUAGUUUUGAGAGUAGCCUGUUAUCAUUCUUUUGAUGUAUGUCCAGUCCUAUUUAUUUUGAAUGUUUCAUCUUGGAUCUGUGAAUAUAGGCUUUAACUACUUUUUCACUGGGCUAAAAGUCUGACUACCACAACUUGGGUUACUUAGCGAUUUUUACAGCUUUUGCUGGUGAAGGAAUUAUUUCAAGCGGAUACAACUAGCAAUCUUCUGUAAACCAGAUUGAUAGCGUCCGCAUAUGAAGAUUUCUACAUCCCAUGCGAGGUUUCGAACCCACAUCAGUUCGUGGCAAGUAAUCGGUUGUCAGCGACCGUAACCACACGGCUAUAGAGGUCCCAUCCGCAAAAAUAUCUGCUGCUAUAUAUCCAGACGCAGCGCAACAAAAACUUGGUGGAAUUAACAGAGUUUGAAGCCAAAGCAGAAAAGACGGCAGACGACACAGUGCAUUGUACUUAUGAGACACUUGCUGACACAGGUAGGCUUUAGUUGCUGGCAUUUCCAUUACAUGCUUGUUUAGAGCAGUAUGCUUUAAUAUUUGUCGGCACUGUCUUCUCAUUUAAACUGCCAGAAGACAUUUUAGCAUAAAAUUAUAACAAUGUUUUUAAUAUUUCAGUUAUCUGUAUUAUACACGUUUCAAGUAGCAUCGUCGUGUACAUCAUUGAUUUUGACGCCAUAUUUGUUUUGACCUUGUAUUCGUGUAUGUCACACGGCAUUCAAGUGACAAAGUCAUAAAUUUCAUAAUUUUUAGCUCGACUAUUCGAAGAAUAGUCUAGCUAUUCUACUCACCCUGGCGUCGGCGUCGGCGUCGGCGUCACACCUUGGUUAAGUUUUUGCAUGCAAGUACAUACAGCCAUCAAUUAAAGGCAUAUAGCUUUGAAACUUAUUUUUUCUUUUUCUAGGUCAAUUACCAACCUCACUGGGUCAAGUCCCAUAACUCUGACAUGUAUUUUGAGCAAAUUAUUCCCCUUUUUGGACUUAGAAAAUCCUGGUUAAAGUUUUGCGUGCAAGUACAUACAGCUAUUACUAAAAGGCAUAUAGAUUUGAAACUUAUUUUUUCUUUUUCUAUAUCAAUUACCAACCUCACUGGGUCAAGUCUCAUAACUCUGGCAUGUAUUUUGGGCAAAUUAUGCCCCCUUUUGAACUUAGAAAAUUUUGGUUAAAGUUUUACAUGCAAGUUUCUAUCUCCAAAAAUAAUGCAGAUAUUGAAUUGAAAUUUGACAUGUGCCUUCGGGGUUAUAAAACUAGUUGAUAGCUGCAAAUCCCAUAACUGAUAUGCAUUUUGGUCAAAUUAUGUCCCCUUUUGAACUUAAGACUCUUUUGAUAUUUAACUUUUUUGGGUAAUAUUUUCCUGCUUCUGGGCCAAUAUUUCGAAUAGUCGAGCUUGGCUGUCUUACGGACAGCUCUUGUUAUUGUUGUAAUUCCGCACUUAAGUAAGUUGUGCUGGCUUAUAAUAUGUUAGUUAUCGACCUUUUCAAGCAGGUGAUGGCAAAAUCAUCUUUUAUUUUUAACAGAGCAAAGCCAUGAUCAGUGAUAGGUCAUACAAUGUAAUGAAACACAAAUGCGUUGAGGAAAGCUUUUAAAAAAGAACUUUAUCACAUUUUUGGUGAAUGUUGCAUUGGUUAUACAAGAAGUAAAAGUUAAACAAGUAAAGUGCGUCGUUUCUGUGUACUCUUGUUUCGGCAAUGUUUAUUAACAUGUGUCAAUACACUGUUUUAGUUAAUACUGCCAGACUGCUUACGCAAAAGCAUGUCCAAAUGAAGAAAGACGCACAAAAUUUAUGAAAACGUAUAUUUUUCAGUUACUCUUAAUAUUUAAAGCUUUAUAUGCCGUGGUGUUUAUUAGGUGCGUCGAUAUUGUGUACUCUAGGAUAGUUAACCGUCUUCCAGUGUGCUUGUUUGGUUUGGUUACUUGAGACAUUAUCUGUAACAGUUUUUACACGAGGCUCGUGUAAAGCACCUGCUUUUAGGCCUUACAAUUAUAAAAAUGUCGAAUUGAAUUUCUGUAAAACUUAUUACAGCAGAAAACUUAGAUUGUACUCAUUUCUGUAUUUAACUAUCACAAGUAUCUAUUUAGGUAUGGAGUUCCCGCAAAUAAACUAUCCUCGUUUCAAUGGCAAAAAAGUAUAGAUAUGUUUACGGGGUAGGAUGGCAUCCGAAAGGAACACAUUUCAACACAGUUAUGAAGAUUGACAUCAACACAAAGACAUUCAAGGAAUGGAGUGAAGACAAUUGCUAUCCAUCAGAACCAGUGUUUGUACCUAACCCCGACGGUACAGAGGAAGAUGAUGGUGUGUUGUUAUCAUGCGUGAACAAUUCUGAGUUUGACAAAGGGAAGAACGCCUUCCUGUUGAUGUUAGAUGCAAAAUCUAUGACAGAAAUUGCCAGAGCAGAGUUUGAUGUUUCACGAUUUACAAAUGGCUUCCAUGGCAUGUUUAAAACUAAUCAGUGAAAAUGAACUUGCUGUUUGGCAAAAUUGUACAAAAGAGUAUUCCUAUUCCAAUAACAUUAGACUGAAUAUUAUACUUCAAGACUGCAUUUGAAAAAUAUCUGCUGUUAUUUUGGCAUUCUUUGGCCGUAAGUGUAGCUCAUAGGAACAAUGGUUUCUAUAACAACGGGAGAAUGCUGGAAAUACCUUGCCUCAUAAAUCACUUCCACACAUAUAUUAAUGCAGUUUUAUUCAUUAUGUCUAACAUGCAUGCUUGCAAGUUGUGCACUAUUGAAAUGAUGUGAUUUCUUCUUGCUGAGGCGGUCUUGUGCAACUCCUCUUACUGCCACCACAACAGAACAGAUGCUUGACAAAGCGUCUAAAAUUUGGAAUGAACGCCAGAAGUACAUACGGGUCGACUGUGUUGUUUAUCAUGUAGCUCGCUAAGAUAAUUCUUAAUCUAAUUUGAUCGCUACUUACAAGAGUUCUGUUUUGGAGGGCUUUUGCAACAUAAUAGGGAGUGAAAGAAAGCAGCGACAUGACAGUAAUAGUCACAGUCAUUAGAGUUAUUUUGAUGUCUGCGCGGAACCUUUCAUUAUUUUGUCUAGAAAGUUUCUUCCUUUGUUUCCAGUGGUCAAACAUGACUUUUACAGUGGUACCAUAGCAGUACAGUAUCAAUAAAAAAGAAGUUACGGUUACUACAAGGUCUGAAACAUUAAAUAUUUCGCGUAUUAUGUCAUCUGUUUCAUUUAAUCUACCCAUAUUUGUACAAACAUGUGCAGUCAUGAAUGUGGCGUGCGCCGAUGUCUUAUUUAACUCUUUCACAUGUGAUAACUUAGUUCCAUUUAUUGCAGAUGUCAUAUUUCCGCAUUCAAAUUUCAGACAUGUUUUAUUGGUCACGAAUUCAUCUAGAACAAGUUCAGUUCUGUUUGUUUCCCUCGUCAGCUCCACCCGUUUCAAAUCUUCGAGUACAGUUCCAUUGUGGUCAUACCUUACUAUUUCUAAACGCUCAAUAUGAGCGAUCCCAAGCUGAACAGCGGACGAAGAAACUAAAUACAGAACUACAGAUGAUAAACUUAUUGAAAUUAUUUUUGGUGUUAAUUGCCAUGAGAACGGGUGGCAUAACAACCGGUGGCGAUCCAAAGCAAUAAAAAGAAGCAUUACACCAGAAAUCUUUGUAAAAGAAUGUGUCAGAAAAUAAUGCACUUUGCAUCCGAUUUCAUUGUGAAAAGUAAAGUAGUUUAUGUAUUUUGCGAGCUCCCCUAGAGCAACAAUAUUUGCAAUAGCGUUACUCGUGGUUAACAAUGCUAUAAGUGCAUCGUUUGUGUGUUGUCUUUCCUUAAUUCCAAAGAAAAAUACUGACAAGAUAUUUCCACAAUAUCCUAUCACCACAAAUGUGUUGAUAACACAGAUAAGUACAAUAUUAUCGUAUAUUACUUUUCUGUUCAAAGCUUUGAGUCCGAAUUCAGAACCGUCCAUUCUGAAAAAAAAUACGAAUAUUAUCAAGAUUAAUUAAAAGUCUCAGUGUUUUAUAAGAUCUUAGAAAAUAGCUCCCUUAAAUGUAGAAUAGAAUUCACAUUACCUCAUAUAAUUAAUGCAUUCCUUCCAAUCAACUACAUUUUUACGUUUUCAGUGGAUUAUUGAAAAAUAUCAAUGGAUAAAAAGCAUUUUUCGCAGUGAAAAUAUUAAAUAUGAUUUUUCUGGCACAGAACUACACGUAAACGCUAGCGAAACUCAAUUUUAAAUAAUCAGAAAUUCGUGUUAAAACAUAUGACAAAGAUAAACUUUAUUUCAUAUACAAGUUCGUAAGUGGAAACAUACAUAACAUUUCAUGAAAGAGAAAUCAAUAUAUAUCAGAAAAUUUUAAUUAACAUUUUCAAACAUUAAAAUUGUGAUCCCAUGAAGUUGCCAAUGACGGUAUGAUGUUGCGCGCGACGUUAUGAUAUUGACAGUGACGUUACGAUGUUGUGCGUGACGUUAUGAUAUUGUCAGUGACGUUACGCUAUUACGCGCGACGUUAUGAUAUUGUCAGUGACGUUACGAUAUUGCGCGUGACGUUAUGAUAUUGUCAGUGACGUUACGAUGUUGCGCGCGGCGUUAUGAUAUUGUCAGUGACGUUACGAUGUUGCGCGUGACGUUGUGCUGACAAAUCUGGUAAGAUUUGGAUCAUGAACCGGUAAGAGCAUUAUUUUUGUUUUACAUGUAAGAUCAUAUAUAAGAUUAUAUUUCACUGCAGGGGCCUCCGUAGCCAAGUGGUAAAGGUCGCUGACUUCAAAUCACUUGCCUCUCACCGAUGUGGGUUUGAGCCUCACUCGGGGCGUUGAAUUCUUCAAGUGAGGAAGCCAUCCAGCUAGCUUACGGAGGUGCGAUGGCUCUACCCAGGUGCCCGAUCGUGAUGAAGUAAUGCUCCACCAUCAAAGCUCGGAAGUCGCAUAUGACCUAUAAUUGUGUCGGUACGACGUUAUACCCAACAGAAACAAAUUAUAUUUCACUGCGCUACUUGUGAAAAUAUUGUGUCUGGUAAUCACUCGAUGGCAGAUAGUAUGAUCAUACGGGCAAACAAACGUUUAUCAUCUAUUUAUUUAAUGUUUUACCAUAAUUGAGCUAAAAUUAAAAUAUAUAUAUAUAUAUUUAAUAAAUACAAAUAUUUCUAUCUUGCACUGAAACAAGCGAGUAGUACGGUGAUUAUACAGAAACACGAAGGCGAAUUUUAAUCAAACGUGAAACAAGUUAAUUUCAAAGAAGACCGAUUAUUAUGCAAGAAAAGAUGUACUGAGACCGUAUUUUUUCAAUACUUAUGAUACUCUUAAGUUUCUAUCAGAUACAUUUGUUCAGAAAAGUGUAGUUAACGUGCACAUUGCAAUUGUCACAAUUUUGGAAUUAAAUAGUUUGAAACUUUAAUUUUGUUGUUCUUCAGGGCAAGAAAAAAGAAGAAUAACAUUGCUUAAGAAAGAAUGCAGCUAAAAAUUUACAUCAAUAUAAAUUCAUAUAUGUAAGACCUGUUAUUUAUAUGAUAUACUUACUUCUAAGAGACAAGCUGCUUACCUGCAAAAUUGCUGUUACAGUUAAUGUAUACAUAUAUAAUUUAUAAAUAUCCCAUUUAUAUAACGAUGUUUAAGCGUUCCAGUUUUACAAAAAAACUGAUAUUGAUAUGCGCUGUUGAUAAAUAGUUACGUCAUUCCCUUGAGUUAUAGUUGCGAAUGAUCAAAGCUGUCACUAAUGUUAUUACUUCCCUGAUACAAAUUGAUCAAAGUAUGUCCAU